CACUCUCUUUUAUUUCUGCUUUGGUUUACUAGUGGAGCCGUAGAGGUAGCCAUAUUCAGGAUUUAUCAGCGUUCAAAACAAGGAUUUGUUAGUUGAUCACGGAAGGUGGCUUUUGACGUUCGGGUCAAUACUGGGUGUUUUUUAGCGUCAAGUUCCAUCUGACGGUGUUUCUCCUUUGCUUGUCGGAGAAAAGACGAGCCAUGUACAAUGGGAUUGGCCUGACAACUCCGCGGGGCAGUGGCACCAAUGGGUAUGUACAGCGCAACCUGUCAAGCCUGCGGGUCAAACGUCCACGAGAUGAGCGUGGUGGAGAGCGGGAUGAGAAAGACAGGGAGAGACUUGAGAGCCAGCUCAACAGGCAGCCCAAUGCUGAAAUCUUGGAGCACCAACGAAAGAGGCAGCUGGAAGUCAAGUGUGCUGAACUGCAGGAUAUGAUGGAGGAACAAGGGUAUUCAGCUGAGGAAAUCGAGGAGAAGGUGAACACUUUUCGUUUGAUGCUGCAGGAGAAGCAGGAGCAGCCUCCUGCCGCGACGGAGAGACCAGUGGUGACAGAGAGUCAUGCCCUGGCUGCAGCCAAUCAGCAGAAGAACGACCGUCUCAGAGCUGCGUUUGGUAUCUCCAGUGACUAUGUGGAUGGAUCAUCCUUCCAUGCUGAUCGGAAGGAGAAGGAGAAAGAGAAGAGGGAACAAGAGCGCCUGGAAAGGGAGAGACAGCAACAAAAAUAUGUGUUGGUGGAGGAUUCAGACAGUUCUGAUUCUCCUCCCAGGAAGCGGAGUAGGAAGAAGAAAAAGAAAACCAAGAAUAGAGACAGCAGCUCAGAGUCAGUGUCUCCAUCUCCUCGCAGAGAGAAGAAGAAAUCCAAGAAGAAGAAAAGGAAAAGGCAAACAUCGGAAAGUGAAGAUGAGGACAGUGAGUCUCCAGCACCAUUGAGGUCAGGAGAACAGCUCCAAACGACAAAGGCAGGUGAAGAAGGAAGAAAGGGGAGAUCACCUGAUAGGACGCAAAUGUACAGUGAACAUAGCCCACAUCAGCAGAAAUAUGGAAGGUCUGUGCGGCCUCAAAGUCCCAAGAUCAACAUUGAGACAGACAAAACCUCUAAGAGAAGGCAUGACUCUUCAUCUCCUUCUCCAACGCCACAGACAGGGAAAAGGAGCAGAGAGAUUGAAAAGGAAAGCAUCUCCCGAAGCAAUGAAGUGACACGUGAGCGAGACAGCGAUUCAAGAAACAAGGAGAUGGAAAGCAACAAGGGGCGACAUUGGACCAGCAAGGGAAUUGAGAGGGAGGAGAGGUUUUCACAGAGGACGGAAAGUCAAAAAGAUAGGGGUAGGGAUUCUAGAAGCAAAGAGGAGAGGGAAAAGGGGAGGCGUUCAGGAAGCAAAGAGAUUACUCAGGAGAAGGGGAGACGUUCAAGAAGUAGGGAUAUGGAUAGGGAGAAGGGGAGAUGUUCCAGAAGCAGAGAGGUGGACAGGGAGAAGGGGAGGCGGUCCAGAAGCAGAGAGGUGGACAGGGAGAAGGGGAGGCGGUCCAGAAGCAGAGAGGUGGACAGGGAGAAGGGGAGGCAGUCCAGUAGCAGAGAGGUGGACAGGGAGAAGGGGAGGCGGUCCAGAAGCAGAGAGGUGGACAGGAAGAGGGGGAGGCGGUCCAGAAGCAGAGAGGUGGAAAGGGACAGGGGGAGGCGGUCCAGAAGCAGAGAGGUGGAAAGGGAGAGGGGGAGGCGGUCCAGAAGCAGAGAGGUGGAGAGGGGGAGGCGGUCCAGAAGCAGAGAGGUGGACAGGGAGAAGGGGAGGCGCUCCAGGAGCAGAGAGGUGGACAGGGAGAAGGGGAGGCGCUCCAGGAGCAGAGAGGUGGACAGGGAGAAGGGGAGGCGUUCCGUAAGCAGGGAGGUGCAGAAAGGAAGCUCUUUAAGGAGUGGAGAAAAGAUGGAAAAAGACAAAGGCAAGGACCAUGCCCCUCAAAUAAGAUGUGGUUCCUUGUCAUCCCUUUCUCCUUCUCCACUUAGACAGGAGAACAGACGUUUUACCAGCACUGUGCAGGUGAAUGAUAGGGCAAAAUGGGACGAAGAAAUUAGACAUUACGCCUCAUCGCCCUCACCUCCUCCUCAAAAGGAGAUGACAAAAAGAGAUGGAAGUGAAGACAGAAUGUACAGAGGAGAGCAAGGUCAACACCCAAGGUUACAGAAUGACAGCCGGAACACAGAACAGACUGUACAGGAGAGAGUCGUUUCUCCUCAUCAACAGACACAUGACAGAAGGAGAGAUGAUCCUGUCCAGACCUCAGCUGAAAUUCGACAAGAUGGGUUAAGAUGUGCAGAGAAAGGAAGGAAUGAAAGACAAGAGAUGAGACAGGAAAAGCCAAGUUCUCCAAGAAAUGAAAAAUGUGAUGAAAGUAUGAAAAAGGCAGAGAAAAGAAUUGACAGCAGUAGCAGUGAAAGUGACAGUGAUAGCUCUUCAUCCUCAUCAUCUUCUUCGUCCUCAUCAGAGUCAUCUUCAUCAUCCUCUUCAUCUGAAGAUGAGAGAGAAGUGAAGAAAUCUGGGUCUGACAUUGGAGCUGCAGUUCAGAAGUAUUUAACCAGUGGCAGAAAGGAAAGUCUUACCUCUGUCACAGAUAAUGAUGCACAUAGAGGACUUUUGAGGGAAGGAGGUGAUGGAGAUACAUCUUCAUCAGAAAGCGAACGACCUCCCAACCAGAUUACUGAAAGUUACCUGCCAAUGAGAGGACAGGAGCGAUAUAGCCCGACACAAAUUGACAGCCCCAGCCCACCGUCUCUCUCGUACAGCAGAGUGGAUGGGAAGAGAGAUGGUAGUAGGUACUCUCCUCAAGGAGCUAAUGUCGAGAAUGUGAAAAUGGAGGCCAAAGUGGGUGAGAGGGAGGCAUCCCAGAGGGUUUCAAGUUGUAGUCCCUCAGCCAGGAGGUCAGGAACUCCCCCACAGAAAACAUCUGACACCAACUUGGCUCGUCGCACUCCACCAAGGCAGUACCAGGAACCCUUGUUUCGGUCAAAGAGAGAUACUCCUCCUCAAGCCUGGUCAGACCGGGAGAGAGAGAAGGAGAGACGGACAGUAAGUGCAAGAGGGUAUGACCAGGGCACAAAGAAAUACAGCCAGUCCGGGUACAGUAGCCUGAGAAAGAGCAGCAGGUCGAGAUCUAAGAGUCUGAGGAAGCAGGGCCAAUCCAGAGUCAAAAGUCUGAGGAGGCAAAGCCGGUCCCGAUCCAGGGCCCUGAGAAGAAGCAGCCGGUCCAGAUCCAGGAACUUCAGGAGGCACAGCCGGUCCAGAUCACGGAGCCCAAAGAGACACAGCCCUCCAAGAUCCAUGAGCCCGAGAAGGCACAGCAGGUCCAGAUUUUGGAGCCCAGAGAGGCGCAUCCGGUCUAGAUCCAGGAACCUGAGAAGGCACAGCCGGUCCAGAUCCAGGAGCCCAAAGAGACUCAACCGGUCCAGAUAUUGGAGCCCGCGGAGGCGCAGUUGUUCCAGAUCCAGGAGUCCAAAGAGGCACAACCGGUCCAGAUCCAGAAGCUUGAGGAGGCACAGCCCACUCAAUAGGUCACGUCGUGUUCCUUCACCACAGUACCAAAAGAGGAAAAAUCGCUCCUUUUCUCCAGAAAAGGCACAAGAAAAGGAUGGUGUGACAAGCAAGCAGAAGGCAUCUGAAAGGAAAAAUGUGCAAGAAAAGGAAUGUGCUCCCGCACUCUGCCAAUCCUCUUCUUCCUCUUCCAGCUCAUCUUCAUCCUCACCUUCACCUCUGCGGGAAACUAAACCCAAGAAACCUUUAUUAGUGCAAGACUGUGACAAAGGAGUGAACGGAGAAGAGAAAAGCCAUUCCGCUUUUUCAAAGGCCCCAUUGAGAGACUCUUCAUCUUCAGGCGGUCGAGCCUCCCAGUCAGAAUGCACACGCUCUGAUACAACGUUUGGAAAGUCACUGUUUACCAGCCAGCAACAAACCCAUCAGUCCUUGCCAAGUCCAGCUGAAAAGCAGGUGUCACCAACAGCCCGUCAAACAUCACAGCAUGCAGUGAGCAGAGGUGGCUCUGUGAACAGAAACAAGGCAAAUACAAACAAGAAAAGCAACAGCUCUAGCUCCUCGUCCUCUUCCUCCUCCUCUUCUUCCUCAUCAUCUUCUUCCUCAUCAUCAUCCUCUUCUUCAGAUAGUUCUGAUUCUGAGACGGAGCAAGAGAAACGGAAGGCCAGACUUCACAGCUCAUCAUCUUCAUCAUCUGAGAAUGAAAAGAAAGCUCAGAAAAAGAGCACUCCCGGGCCUCGGAGGGUGACAGCUGACUCUCUGAGAGAUUCUCGCUCACUCAGUUAUUCUCCUCCAAGAUACAUGAGAGCUGGAGCUUCAUCACCCAGCCGCAGGAGUGGCAGCAGACAGUCAUCCAACAACUCGUCGAGCAGCAGGCGCAGGAAGUAAGCCACCAGCGGAACACCUACUGUCACCUGUUCACCUCUGUCUGGUCCGACACAGCAGCACAGAGUGGACCGCCCAUGUACAGUGAAGCCACACCUGUAAACGUCAGAUCCCAACGUCAGAUCGUGUACAUGUCUUUUUAAGAACUGAGGAAACUUGUUAAGGUGAAACAGCCCUUGGUCAUCAUCUGUCCUCAAACCAUUUGUUCCAUUCUAAAUGUAGAUAUGAGCUAUCUGUAUUUUACUUAAUAUCUCCUAACAGUUUUCCAUUUAUUAUGAUUAGAACGUGCCGUAUAUGGUUUAUUUCCUUGUUGCAAAUGGUUAAUAAUAAUAAAAAGCAGGUUGUUAAUUUUAUCUGUAUGGCUUUCUCUAA